CCCUCAUUUAUAAUGGAAAGUUCCAGUUCAAUUGACCCAGAAGAGUUGAAGACUGUUCAACUUUUGGGAAAAGGUGUAUUGGAACUUUAUGAACCGCCUCUAACCACUAUCAAUACCCACUUAAAAGAAUUAACGGAGAAACAAGAAGCAGUUCUAAAUAUGCUCACAACAGAACGUCGCAAGCUUGAAGAUGUGCAGAAUGAUGCCACACUGGAUGCUUUGUUAGCUGAUAUUGCCACAAAUAAAGAGAAGCUUGCAUCAAUUUCUAACACAAUGAUGAGCUUACAUAAGAGAGUGCAGUCUUUACAGACAAGAGCAGCGAACAUAGAAAAAUCAGCAAAAAAUAGAGUGGCAAGUCCGAGUCCUAGUAGAACAUCAACAAGUUAGUAAUGACAUUCACAACACUGUGUAAUUUUAUAACUUAUAUAGUUUAUUAGCAAUGCAAUUGAGUAAAACUUAUAUGCCUGUAAAAGUGGUAUAAAAAAUUUUUGUUUGACUUUCAGUAUAAUGACUCUAUAAAUAUAAUUUAUUUAUAUUAUUGUGAGAAUAACUUUUUCGGCA